AAAGGGAAUUGGAACAAGAAAAUUAAAGAGAACUCCCUCCCGUUCUCAUGGGGACAUGCUUGUCCAUUUCAAAUUCAACUCUCCUUAAGAAAACCAAAUAUGAUCGCAAAUCUGUCGAUCAUAAUCCACACGAAAAUGGCAAGCUCAGCGGCCGAUUGGCGCCUCUAAAGCUGUCACGCCCGAUUCAGGUGUUGAAAGAUCCCACGGGCAACGACAUUUUCAAGAGGUAUAGAUUUGGGAAAGAGCUCGGGAGGGGAGAGUUCGGUGUCACGUACCAAUGUUUCGACGAUGUCAAUGGGGAGAGCCUUGCAUGCAAGAAGAUACCGAAGAGCAAGCUCCGGACGGAUAUCGACAUCGAGGAUGUGAGGAGGGAGGUCGAAAUCAUGAGGCAUUUGCCUAAACACCCUAAUAUUGUUAGCUAUAGGGAGGUUUAUGAGGACAAAGAGGCUAUUUAUCUUGUUAUGGAGCUUUGUGAAGGUGGCGAGCUCUUCGACAGGAUUGUGGCCAGAGGGCAUUAUACCGAGAGGGCUGCUGCUCAGGUCACCAAGACCAUUCUUGAGGUUGUCAAGGUAUGUCAUGAGCAGGGCGUAAUACAUAGAGAUCUUAAGCCUGAGAAUUUUCUCUAUGCCAACGAUUCUGAAAAUGCUCCUCUAAAGGCAAUUGAUUUCGGCCUUUCCAUAUUCUUUGAACCAGGUCAAAGAUUUAAUGAAAUCGUGGGAAGCCCAUAUUACAUGGCGCCGGAAGUUCUUAGGCGCAAUUAUGGACCGGAAAUUGAUGUUUGGAGCACAGGUGUUAUUCUUUACAUCUUAUUGUGUGGAGUUCCUCCAUUUUGGGCAGAAACCGAAGAAGGAAUCGCACAAGCAAUUGUGUUUGGGGAGAUAGAUUUUAAGAGGGAUCCAUGGCCAAGAAUUAGUGAAGGUGCUAAAGAUCUUGUGAGGGGUAUGCUCGAACCAAAUCCUUAUAGUCGUCUGACAGUCGAAGAAGUCCUAGCAAGUGAAUGGAUGCAAAAUGCUGACAAAGUCCCAAACAUUCCUUUGGGAGAACGUGUUCGAGCAAGAAUUAAACAGUUCUCUUUGAUGAAUAAGUUCAAAAAGAGGGUUCUUGGAGUGGUUGCGGGUAACUUGCCUGAUGAACAAGUACAUGGAAUCAGACAAAUGUUCCAUAUGAUGGACACUGACAAAAAUGGAAACCUAAAUUUCCAAGAAUUGAAGGAUGGUUUAUAUAUGAUUGGACAACCAAUUCCUGAUCAUGAUGUGCAAUUACUUCUUGAUGCUGCUGAUUGUGAUGGAAAUGGGAUGCUUAACUGUGAAGAGUUUGUGACACUGGCUGUGCACUUGAAAAAGAUAAGCAACGAUGAUCUUCUGCAUCAAGCCUUUUUAUACUUUGACAAGAAUCAAAGUGGUUACAUUGAGUUUGAGGAUUUGCGAGAAUCUUUGUUAGACGAGCAAUUUGGUCCUACCAACGACCAAGUUUUACAAGACAUUAUCUUUGAUGCUGACCUUGAUAAGGAUGGACGAAUCAGUUUUCCAGAGUUCAAGGCGAUGAUGACAACAGGGAUGGAUUGGAAGAUGGGUUCUCGACAGUAUUCCAGGGCAAUGUUGAAUGCGCUUAGCACCAGACUAUUUAAGGACAAAAGUCAGAAAUUUAUGUAAUACUAUUUUUUAGUUCAUUUUUAUGAAUGUUCCACAGUGUUGUUUUAAAUUAUAACAUUGUCCAAAUAUCGUAGAAAAUGGGUGGGUUGUUUUUUGUUUA